UAGUGGCAAACAUGAGAAGUAAAGAGUCUGAAUUGUUCUUUUUAUUACAGUUGAUUACAGUUUUAUAGUGUAGUGAAUUCAAGAUACAGCGUUUAAUUGUAAAUAAAAAACCGAAUAAAUGAUCAGUAGAUACUAGUUGAUAUGACUAAAUAACAGAUGAUGGAAGCAACUAUUAAAAAAGAACUAAGGCAAAAGAAGAAGUUUGUAAGAUUUGAAAGAAAAGGCUGGAAGGAAAGCUAAAGCGUGAUACUGUAUUAAAGGAACAGGUAUCUGCAAAAGGAAAAGAGGAAGAGUGCCAGGAAAAAUAAAACUACACGAGGACGCAUUAAAUCAUCGCAUAGAAUUAAAUGCUCAAUUAAUAUAAAUGAUACAUAAACUAUAAAGUCUAAUGGAGAGUAAGAGAUCAAUAGAGGAAUGUACAUAUUUCAAAGACGAAAGUGGAGUUCUAGCAUCAGGCAACGUGGAGCAGUAUUUGUGGGUUAAGUAAGGAGAAGGUAGCAAGAAAGAUAGCUUAUGAAUAGCUUAUGAAUUAUUGUGAUUGUAUUGGAAAAUCUUGUGUCUGAUGCCACUCGGUAAUAAGCCAGAAUGUGUGAAGUGCGGGACUCACGAGACGCCACUAUGGCACUCGACGGAUGCCGGUAACCUUUGCAAUACCUGCUUGGAGGAUGAGCGGAAUGCUGAAGCAACUGCAUCCUCCAAGGCAGACGAGGAAGAUAAGAAUGGUUCGCUGAGGCCGAGGAGAAGCACUAGAAUCACUAGAUAUUGUAAUACAAAAACUACAGCGCCACACAAAAUUGUGCCCAAAGGCAAGGGUCGCAGAAAUUUGUUUAAAAAAACGCCAGUCAAGGCGCCUACUGCUACUGCAACUCCAGUUACUAGUAACUUUGUAUUUUAUAAGGGCACAUAUUUUCAAGUUGGAGAUGUAGUCUCUAUGCAAGAUGUAGAUGGUGCUAUUUAUUACGCUCAGAUACGCGGUUUACUGACUGAUCAAUAUUGUGAAAAGAGUGCAGCUGUAACCUGGCUAUUGCCUACUGCAGCGAGCCCCCCACCGGAAGAAGGUUUCAUUCCUGAAACAUACAUAAUUGGACCGGAAGAAGAUUUACCGCGCAAAUUGGAGUGUAUGGAAUUUAUAAUGCACGCUCCAUCAGAUUAUUUUAAGUUAAAAAACACACCAUAUCCCCCUUCGCUCACAGAAAAAGGAGUUGGCUAUAUAUGGACUACUCUUAGAAAUGAAAUGGCCUUGUCUAAAAAAUAGUGAUAUUAGUCUUUUCAAAGUAAAUUAUUAUUGAUUUUAUUCUAAACUGAACAGCAUAAAAAUAGUAUGAUAAAUUAUAUAUAUAUAUAAAUUACUCUUUGUAACUUACAAUAGUUUUAAUUUAAUAUUGUCCUAUAUAUAAUCCUACGUUAUUUAUAAAAAUUGUAUUCAAGUGAAAGAUGAGUAUGACAAGAAUAUUAUGCAGUGGAAACACAUGCACUGUAUAUGCUGUAUAAUAAAGUGCUAACUAUAAGAAACGGAAAAUGAUACACACUGUGCUAUUUUGUUCAUUAAAUAUAUAUUUGUUACAAGAUAACAUUAAUGCUUUGUAUUUCUGGUGAAUAA